AUGACAACGACCGGCCGUACGGUCAACUCUCGGGAUUUUUCUGGGACUGGCAGAGCGCGACGCGGGGCGCCUCUCUGGCAAGGCCCCUGCCCCCGCGCGUUGCCGGGCAGGGCUGGACGCCGCCUGCUCCGGGCCCUGGUCUUUCUCGGAGCCGCCGUGGGCUCGGAGAUGGAUCCGCUCCUCCUGGCCUGGAGCUAUUUUAGGCGCAGGAAGUUCCAGCUCUGCGCCGAUCUGUGCACGCAGAUGCUGGAGAAGUCCCCUUAUGACCAGGCAGCCUGGAUUUUAAAAGCACGAGCACUAACUGAAAUGGUGUACAUAGAUGAAAUUGAUGUAGAUCAGGAAGGAAUUGCAGAAAUGAUACUGGAUGAAAAUGCUAUUGCUCAGGUUCCACGUCCUGGAACAUCUCUGAAACUCCCUGGAACUAAUCAGACAGGAGGGCCUAGUCCAGCUGUCAGGCCGAUCACUCAAGCUGGAAGACCCAUUACAGGUUUCCUUAGACCCAGCACACAAAGUGGAAGGCCAGGCACUAUGGAACAGGCCAUCAGAACACCCAGAACUGCCUACACAGCUCGCCCUAUUACCAGCUCAUCUGGAAGAUUUGUCAGGCUGGGAACGGCUUCCAUGCUUACAAGUCCUGAUGGACCUUUUAUAAAUUUAUCUAGACUGAAUUUAACAAAAUAUGCCCAGAAACCUAAAUUGGCAAAGGCUUUGUUCGAGUAUAUCUUUCAUCAUGAAAAUGAUGUUAAGACUGCUUUGGAUUUGGCUGCCCUCUCCACAGAGCAUUCUCAGUACAAGGACUGGUGGUGGAAAGUGCAGAUUGGAAAAUGUUACUACAGGUUAGGAAUGUAUCGUGAAGCAGAAAAACAAUUUAAAUCAACCCUGAAGCAGCAGGAAAUGGUAGAUACAUUUCUCUACUUGGCAAAAGUUUACAUCUCAUUGGAUCAACCUGUGACUGCUUUAAAUCUUUUCAAACAAGGCUUAGAUAAGUUUCCAGGAGAAGUAGCCCUACUUUGUGGAAUUGCCAGGAUCUAUGAGGAAAUGAACAAUAUUUCAUCAGCCACUGAAUACUACAAAGAGGUUUUGAAACAGGACAAUACUCAUGUGGAAGCCAUUGCAUGCAUUGGAAGCAACCAUUUUUACUCUGAUCAACCAGAAGUAGCCCUCCGGUUUUACAGGCGACUCCUGCAGAUGGGUGUCUAUAACUGCCAGCUUUUUAACAACUUGGGGCUCUGUUGCUUCUAUGCCCAGCAGUAUGAUAUGACUCUGACCUCAUUUGAACGUGCCCUUUCUCUGGCUGAAAAUGAAGAAGAGAUAGCUGAUGUCUGGUACAACUUGGGACAUGUAGCUGUGGGAAUAGGAGAUACAAAUCUGGCCCAUCAGUGCUUCAGGCUGGCUCUGGUCAACAACAAUAACCACGCAGAGGCCUACAACAACCUGGCCGUGCUGGAGAUGCGGAAGGGCCAUGUCGAACAGGCAAGAGCACUGUUACAAACUGCUUCAUCUUUAGCACCCCACAUGUAUGAGCCGCAUUUUAAUUUUGCAACAGUUUCUGAUAAGAUGGGAGAUCUACAGAGGAGCUACAUUGCUGCUCAAAAGUCUGAAGCAGCAUUUCCGGAUCACGUGGACACUCAACAUUUAAUUAAGCAGUUAAAGCAGCAUUUUGCUAUGCUCUGAGUUUUCCUCAGACUAAAGAUAUUCUUAGGGAGGAACAUUAUGCAAGGGAAAAAGUAAUGUAUAUAUAUGUGUAGUACAGACCUGUGCUUGGUAUUAGUGAAGGUGACAUAAGGAAAUCUAAACCAGAAUGUUUAAAACUUUAUAAUAAUAACUUUAUAAGAUAAUGUUAUAAAAGACAGGAUUUAAGCAUUUGUAAGCAGAUUAUGAAACCUCCCACAUUAUAUGGUAGAUGUUUGUUUAUAAUGUUUACAAAACGUUUUCAUGAAUUUCCUCAAAUUUUUAUAAAUGCACAUUUUUAAUGUCCUGGCCAUUAGCUAUCAUGUAGCUUAAGAAGUCUGAAAUCUGCCUUUAAAAUUGCACUUUUAUGACUAAAAGUGUAUAUACCUAUCCUUGGUAGAGACUUUAGAGAUUAAAAUUUGUACUUAAAGCUAUUUUUUAUCAAAUGCUUUGUGAGCCACUCUACUUUUUCUUAUAUAUUAUGCUUUAAAAUAAAUGUGUAUAAAACACCAUCAUUCCGUUAUUUUUCAGGAGUUUUUAUUUCAGUCAUCUCAGUUAAAAAAAGUUUUCCAGAAGUCCAGGAGUCUUAGAAAUCAAGUCUUUAUCCUAAUUUUAUUUGAAAUGAUGUGCGAUCAAUUUUGCUUUUUCCUGAGAAGCUAUUUAUGGGCUAUCAUGUUGUCAAUAUAAGAAUAUCAGGAUUAGAAAUGGAGUCAUAGGCCAGAAGUCCCCUGUGGUCAGCCCUGAGAAGGCUAGGCUGGACCCAACACUGUGCGUUGUAAAAUCCUAGACAGGCUCUCCUCUCCAGUCUUUAGUGGAAUUCUCAUUGAGGUGUUCAUACAACAAAAUGCGUUAAAGGGCCAAGGCCACUCACAUUCAUAUUUUGGGCUUUGGGCUCUAUCUAUGUUACUUUACCUUUUUUUAACUUUAUGAAAACUAUUUUGCAGGUAUUUAUUUGUUUCUGUUCAGAUUAUACAAAUAGUACUACUUAGCUGACCGAACACAAAAAAUGUGAAUUCAAGGAAUAGACUGUUUGAGGCUGGAAGUAAUUUCAGAGACUAUGUAGAUGAAUCUCUCCAUGGGACAGGAGGAGGCCAUGCCCAGAGUCACACUGCUGGUUGGUAAGGCUGGAAACAAGACCUGCUCCUGCACUUCAGACUUGAACCUCCCCUGGUUCUCCAUGAUACGCCAGUGCUCGUUCAGCUUGCGAGAGUUUCCUCAAGCACUAUCGGAUUUCCUAACACUGUAUGCAAUAUUUAGGUUCAAAUUUUAUAUUGUGAAUUAUUUUCUUAGUUAAUUUAAAAUAAGAACUAAUAACAGUGGCUAGCGUUUACUGAGGAUGUUGUAUGUACCCAGCACUGUUCUGGAGCACUUGAUAUGGAGUAAUUCAUUUAAUUCCCAUUGCAGGCCUAUGAAAUGCUGUUACUCCCAUUUUACUCAUGAAAAAAAUGAGGCACAGAGCAGUCAAAUUACGUGCCCAAAUUCUAAAGCUAUUAAAUGGCGGAGCUGGGAUUCAAAUGCACAUUUAAUACAGUGGGUAAGAGCACAUACUCGGGAGCCAAAUGCACAUUAUAAAGGAAUGGGUAUGAGGGUAACAGCAGAUUUCUGUGUGGCCCUGGGGUAUGUGUUCUUAACUACUAUGUCAAAUCUCCUCUUAGUGUUUCUCCUGUAAAUAAAGCUACUAUUGUUUAAAAUGAAUGUUACAUGCAUUAGUAAAGUUGAAUUAUAAGGGACUAUUAACACAGCAAAAAAAUUAAUGAGCCAGCAUUCCUAAGGUGAUAUGGAGAGAUUUUUGUCUUGAAUUUAUAUUAAUUCAAUGUGAACACCAAUGCAAAGAAUGAGUCAGGAUGGCUAAGGGCAGAAUGAUGACAUAACACUGCAUCAGAAGCUACAUAUAUUUUGUAGCAAAAUUAUUUCUGGACCAUAUAACUUCUGGCUUCUGUGCCAACGUUUCUAUAUCAGGAAGGUUAACAAUUGUCUUCUACCAUGAUUAAAAAAGUGUUCUAUCCAUAUAUAAAUUGUUCAGCUGAAACUAACAUUAUUGAGCUUCCAGCUGAUGAAAACGAGAUAUGGCAAGAAGGCUGCCUACAAUGAAUAAUUGCCGAGGUUAGACGUUCUUCCUUUUCAAAAGGGUCAUAUCUGAACCAGUUCCCUAUGGUACUACUGUUCUGUUACAUUUCUGAAUGGUAUUUCCCUGCAUCAGAGCACCCAUCAGGAUAUAAUUUACGGCCUAGAAAUAGGAAAAUUAAUAAAGAUAACACAUUA